AACGCAUGGACUGUUUAUUUACUUUUUGCGUGUGGUAUGUUGAUUUGGGUGUGUCAAAGUGUAAUUAUUUAUCAAUCAAUUAAUUAGGAUUACCAGGGUAAAUUUACCAUAACACUGCUUCAUCAUGGUUGAGACGCCUCCGCCGAAACCCAGAUCAUCGUCAUACCUACUCCUAGGUAGCAUCUUCGCUUUUUUUGCAUCAUUGAUUCUCUUCAUUUCUUUCUGCAGCCCAUAUUGGUUGGAAUCAUAUUCCAGAACCUAUUCUGAAUUUGUGCGGAUGGGCUUAUGGAACUUCUGUUUCAAAAAUUACAGGCAUCCAUCUUAUCAGUAUGAUGAAUUGUUUGAUGGUUGUCACUGGGUAUUUAGCUAUAAAUACCAAAAUAUACGAGAUUGGAUGCAGCCAGCCUGGCUAAUAUUUGUUCAAGCAGUAAUGUCGUUGGCUGUCAUUUUUUCUUUGAUGUCUCUGUCAUUCACUAGCCUUGUUCUAAUGCGGUUCUUGAUGAAAUUUGAAGUGUUUCUGAUAGCUGCUGCCUUCAUAUGUGAAUCCAUUAUAUCUGUCAUAAUGUUUCUUGGAGUCAGUGUGUUUGGAGGAAUGUGCUAUGACAGAUCUUGGCUUCAGUAUCCAUCCUUCAACCAUUUGUCCUGGGGUUAUGGCCUAGCUGUUGUUUCAAUGUUCUUUCACAUGUUCUCUGCUUUUUAUUUGUAUGCUGAUACAAAGAAAGCUCAAGAGUACAGGAAACGAUCCAGCAAUCUUGUGUAUAACAUGCAACCUCGUUACUAAAGAUUGCAUAUUAUACACAUUUUGUUGAUCAAGUCAUUAUCAGUAAUUUUUUAAUUCUCGAUUGAAGUAAACCAUUCUUAUAAUUUCAAUGCAACCCUUGGCAGAUUGAUCUAUUUUGAGUCUCGCCAUAUCAAUCAUGUUUGCCUUGUUUAAUUGUUAAAGGAAAAAAAGCUGAUCAUAUUGAAACAAAAAUUGUCAUGAUGUAAUAUUCUGAUGUCAGAAUCUGUAUUUAGGACUUGCUUCAAUUGCUAUAUCAUUUUAGAAGAUAUCAAUUCUCAUAUUUUACAAGAGCAUCAUGUAUUCUAAGUAAUUUGUGCAAUUGUUUAAAAAUAUUUUUUGAUAUACAUAUCUAAACAAUUUCUGUUGAUGUUAAAAAAAUUCAAAUACUAUAAUGUGCUAUGAGUAAUAUAUUAUCUAUGUUACAGCAAAAUUCCUGGUGAUAAAUUUUUUAUUUACUCUUUAUUUUUAUUUUUUUUAUCGUCAUGCAACUAUGUAUAUAAUUUUUCCUGGCUGCCUUAUAUAUCCAGUGAUUUGAAUUAUUCUAAGAAUGAGCUAUAAAUCAAAAUAUUUCUGUAACUAAAUGCAAAUUUUAUCAAAUGAUAUACAUUUAACUUUUCAAAUUUUUUUUAUUUUUUGGAUAAAUGAAUAGUUUUUGUUUGUAUAAAAUAAAUAUAAAAAAAAGUUACCUAAAUUUAACUCUUGCUUUUUAAUAUAAAAAUCUUAUUUUUUGAAUUAAAUAUUUUAAAUUUCAAAUUUUAGUUUUAUUCAAUUCCAGGAAAUAUCUAAUUUGUACUCACUGUAAACAUGGGUGCCACUCUUCAGUCUUGAGAGAAAAUCGGUAGAUUAAGUUUCAUAAAUUAAUCUCUUUUUCAUUUGUUAUUGAUAUUAAAAUUUCUGUUUUUCCAUAAAAAUGUAACAAAUGUUUUCUGUUAAGUAAAAAUAACAUUUUAAAGUAAGCAUUGUUAAUUUUCAUCAUUGUUGGGAAAUGAUGUAACUCAGUAAUGGAAGAAUGAGAUUGAACUUCAUUGCCUGCUUGCUUAAACUAAAUUUGUACUAUUGUUGUAUCUGAAUUUUCUUGUUCUUAUUUUCUUAAGUGUUUUGAAAUGCUAAUCAAAAUUAAAUUAAGAUUAAUAUUAUAAUAAUUAUUAAUAUUUCUUUUUCUUUAAAAAAAAUUAUUGAGAUAGGACAAAAAAUCAAUAACGGUGAAGUGAAAAAUAAGUAGGUACCUUCAUGAAAAAAAUCUGUGGUUUAUUAUCCAGUGAUUGAUGUAAAAAGAUAUACAUGGUUAACUGUUAUUUUUAUCUUGUUUGCUGUAAAAAAAUUAAUUAAUUAAAAUGUAGAAAAAAACUAGAUAAUUGAUUUAAUAUAUGAUCCCCUAUCAUAGAAAGGUACAUUUUGGAGAAGGUGAGCUAUAAACUUCUGAAAAUUUUAGUAAGCAACUCUAGAUAGUGUCAAUUCGUCAAAAAAUAAGUUCAGUCUUAAAAUAUUUUUAGAGUGGCACCCAUGCUGUAACUCAGGAAUUAUGUUUCACGAUAUUUUAAAAAUAUGAAAAAUUAUUUGGAUUCUCAAUCAUCUCUCUUUAAAAUGUAAAUAGUUUUACAUUUAACAAAUCUUUCAUUGAAAUGCAUAUUAACAUUCCUAAAAAUAAAACUUUUUAUUCCGCAAAUUCAUUCAUUUAUCAUGUGUUUAUAUUUCAUACAUAUGAAAUAUUAGAUUCAUAAAUAUGAUUUGUACAUAUUUUGCUUAUUCUUUUGCAUUCCAUCACCUUUUUUUUUUUAUAUCUCAGGAAAUAAAUUGGAUUUAGAUAGAAUUGAAAGUACUCAAAAAAUUCUAUUGACGAUUCUAGUUUUCUUUUUACAAAAUUAGUUUCGCCACAAACGACUUUGAAUAUUUUCAAUUUUCUAAAUUUCAAUGUUUUCCCCAUCAUCCGUCCAUAUUUUGCAUUUAUGAGAUACUACUUUAUAUGGGAAAACUUUACAAAAAGUUAUUUUUUAAAAAAUUUAUUUAGCUUGUGAUCUGAUUUUUAGUAUUAAUGGUUUUAUUUGUAUUUCUUAUUUUAAAUAAACGGUUUGUGCCUAUUA